UUUCUUACAAAUAUUUGUAAGAUGAAUUCUACGUUUUUCUUGUAGAAGCUUUCACAAAUCUGUACAAGAAGUUGUUAUCUGAAAGCAACACCUAGUUCUAAUCAACAGCUCAUGCUUGCUUGUUUCAAGCGGGAGUUUUCUGUCUUUUCAAGCCAUUUUUUGGCAAAUUUCUAACAUAAUCUCCAGUCUUUACGCAUCAAUUAUUUUAUAAUUUAUGAGUUACCCACGAGCAUCAAUCCGAGGUCCCAAUAGCCAAGACAGGUGAAAAGCAGUAAUUUUGAACUAUAUUUGGAGCCAAUCUCAAUGCUGUGGCAACUCAGGAAUGGCUGUUGGAGGCUCCAAAAGCCCCCUCAGACGAGGAAAAUAAGUAAUAAUGUUGAUGACGAGGCAGCAUUCCCUUUUAAAUCAGCAUAAUUACCAACCCACUAAAAGAAUCUUCCAAAUUCAUUGGAGAAUAAAAAACCACUGUUUAUCGUUCAGUUGGAUUUUUUUAAUCACGACAGCAAGAAGGGUUUAGGCUAAAAAGAAGAGAGAAAUAAGGGAGAGAGAGUGCCCUUCAGAAGGAAUAGAGAGAGAGAAGGAGGGAGAGAGAAGACAAAUUGCACUUUCCAAAAUAAAACUUAACCGAACUCCAUUAAUAUACAGGUGCAGCCUGCAUAAGGAAGAUGCUAACAGAAUCCUACCUUCACCCAACUCUCGGUUUGGAUUCUAAAGUUUUGUGGGAUUGAUCGACUGACGUAAUUCUUGUGCCAUUUUUCAGUGAUGGACAAUGCUGAGGGUAGGAAAAAUGAAGAAGGCCCCUCUGGAGUCAAGUUUCAGGAGAAUCACGACCAAAGGAUGGACUGUGCAGAUGAUGCAGCACAUAACAGUAACAACACGUACAUGUUUUCAGAGUCCAGAAUUCAGAUUUCUCCACAAAGCUUAGCCUCACGACAAGCCCUUAUCUCCAAUCCUCAGUACGCUACAGUUUUCUUGUCAAGUCCUGGUCUGAUGCUACAACCUCAACCUCAAUCUUUGCCUCAAAUUGCUGCAUUCAGUGAAAAUGUGAUCCAUGGGACAAGAACGCGAGUGACUAUCUCUUGGAAUCAUGGCGGCAAUCAAGUGGCCAUCGUUGGAUCAUGGGACAACUGGGAGACGAGAGAGCUCCUGCAUAACACAGGUGAGAAGUUUGUGGUUAUAAAGACUCUGCCCGUCGGUAUCUACCACUACCACUUCAUAGUUGAUGGUUGGUUGGCUUAUGCUCCAGAUCUACCCUGGUUUCGUGAUGAUUCAGGGAAUGCUUACAAUAUUUUGGACUUGCAGGGGCAUGUUCCUGAAUUGCCUGAAAGCAUGUCCGACUUUGAAACUCCUCCAUCCCCACCGUCGAGUUAUGACAAUCAAUACUUGAACGAAGAUGAUUUCAGUAGACCUCCACCAGAACUUCCUCCACAACUGCAAGGAACCAUUUUAAAUGAUCCAUCUUCUUCAGUUGAUGGUCAACCGUUGCCCGUUACACCUCAAAGAACAGAAUUAAAUCAUCUCUAUCUUCAGAGCAAUGUCCAAGAUCAAUUUGUAGCACUUGGCUCUACUCUCAGGAUUCAGAAAAAGUAUGUUACAAUGUUUCUAUUCAAGCCGUUAUCAAGACCUAGGUGACAUCCAUACUCUUUUCCACCCUCCACCCACAUUUUCAUUUUCAAAACCAAAUCUCAAUACUGCUGGCAGAGUUGUUAUCCUCGCGAGUUCUGUAGGUGAGGAAAAGUUAGUGUAGCUAAAGAAAGAUUCUUUCACACUGUGCAUCAUUAAUUCAAUUGUUAUUCACUCUUGCAAAA